GAGUCCGAGAGACACGUGAGGCGCUGCUACGUCAUCACAGGCACGCGCAGGAAACAUGGCGGUCGCGGGUGCUGUGAGCGGGAAGAUAAUAUAUGAACAGGAAGGUGUCUAUGUUCACUCAUCUUGUGGAAAAACCAGUGACCAAGACAGCUUGAUUUCAGGAAUAUUACGUGUUUUAGAAAAGGAUGCUGAAGUGAUAGUGGAUUGGAGACCAUUGGAUGAUGCGUUAGAUUCUUCUAGUAUUCUCUAUGCUGGAAAGGACUCAAGUUCAGUUGUUGAAUGGACCCAGGCCCCAAAAGAAAGAGCUCAUCGAGGACCAGAACAUAUGAACAGUUACGAAGCAGAGUGGGACAUGGUUAACACUGUUUCAUUUAAAAAGAAACCACAUACCAAUGGAGAGAGCGAGAGAAACAUGGAUCAGUUGCCUCCUGUACGUGCCUCGACCAGGGAUCAAACCUGCAACCUAGAUGCUCCAAGUCAUAGAAAUGGGAAAAGCAAAUGGUCAUUCCUGUUCAGUUUGACAGACCUGAAAUCAAUCAAGCAAAACAAAGAGGGUAUGGGCUGGUCGUAUUUGGUAUUCUGUCUAAAGGAUGACGCCGUUCUCCCUGCUCUACACUUUCAUCAAGGCGAUAGCAAACUACUGAUUGACUCUCUUGAAAAAUAUGUGGUAUUGUGCGAAUCUCCACAGGAUAAAAGAAUACUUCUUGUGAAUUGUCAGAAUAAGAGUCUUUCACAGUCUUUUGAAAAUCUUCUUGAUGAACCAGCAUAUGGUUUAAUACAAAAAAUUAAAAAGGAUCCUUAUACAGCAACUAUGGUAGGAUUUUCCAAAGUCACAAACUACAUUUUUGAUAGUUUGAGAGGCGGUGAUACCUCUACACAUCAACGACCACCUUCAGAAAUGGCAGAUUUUCUUAGUGAUGCUAUUCCAGGUUUAAAGAUUAAUCAACAAGAAGAACCAGGAUUUGAAGUCAUCACAAGAAUUGAUUUGGGAGCACGACCUGCUGUUCAAAGGAGAGAGCCAGUGUCACUGGAAGAAUGGACUAAGAACACUGAUUCCGAAGGAAGAAUUUUAGAUGUAGAUAAUAUGAAGCAGAUGAUAUUUAGAGGGGGACUUAGUCAUGCAUUGAGAAAGGAAGCAUGGAAAUUUCUUCUGGGUUACUUUCCUUGGGACAGUACCAAGGAGGGAAGAUCUCAUUUACGAAAACAAAAAACUGAUGAAUACUUCAGGAUGAAACUGCAGUGGAAAUCUGUCAGUGAAGAACAAGAGAAGAGAAAUUCGAGGUUAAGAGAUUAUAGAAGUCUUAUUGAAAAAGAUGUUAACAGAACAGAUCGAACAAACAAGUUUUAUGAAGGCCAAGAUAAUCCAGGGUUAAUUUUGCUUCAUGACAUUUUGAUGACCUACUGUAUGUAUGAUUUUGAUUUAGGAUAUGUGCAAGGAAUGAGUGACUUACUUUCCCCUCUUUUAUAUGUGAUGGAAAAUGAGGUCGAUGCCUUUUGGUGCUUUGUCUCCUACAUGGACCAAAUGCAUCAGAAUUUUGAAGAACAAAUGCAAGGCAUGAAGACCCAACUAAUUCAACUAAGUACCUUACUUCGAUUGUUGGACAGUGGAUUUUGCAGUUACUUAGAAUCUCAGGACUCUGGAUACCUUUAUUUUUGCUUCAGAUGGCUUUUAAUCAGAUUUAAAAGGGAAUUUAGUUUUCUAGAUAUUCUUCGAUUAUGGGAGGUAAUGUGGACUGAAUUACCAUGUAAAAAUUUCCACCUUCUUCUCUGUUGUGCUAUUUUGGAAUCAGAAAAGCAGCAAAUAAUGGAAAAGCAUUAUGGUUUUAAUGAAAUACUUAAGCAUAUCAAUGAAUUGUCCAUGAAAAUUGAUGUGGAAGAUGUACUAUGCAAGGCAGAAGCAAUUUCUCUACAGAUGGGGAAAUGCAAGGAAUUGCCACAAGCAGUUUGUGAGAUCCUGGGUUUUCAGGACAGUGAAGUUACAACACCAGAUUCAGACACCGGUGAAGAUGAACAUGUUGGUGUGACUGGUUGCCCUACACCUGCGUUUCAGAGGAACUCCUUGCCUGUACUCGCUGCCAGUGGAGCCAGAGAAGACAACCCAACACAGAUACCAGUGUCCCCAGAUGUUGGCAGAUUAGCACCUGCAUGAUCCUUCUGGUUGCUUAAUUUUUGAAGAGACACUUUGUUGCAACUUCUUUUCAAGUACUUGAAAGGUGGAAAUUUAAAUCUUGGUAAUGAUCAUGCUUUAAGGUUUAUGGAAAGAAAGUGUACUGAUGUUCUUGCAUUAAAGCUUUACAGAGAUUUACACUAAUUAUUUUUGUAGUUACUUCUACCAAAUAGCCUUUCUUUUUCAGUAACAUUCCUUAGUAUUUUUAUAGCCAAGUACAUUUUAUUUUCUUGCUGAUGAACUGGAAUUGGAUAUUACAAGUGAAUGAGUUGGAAAUUAUGCACUUUGAAAACGUUCACUUUGUUUAAGUUUAGUGGGUCUUGGCUUUGAUUAAAUUAAAUGUUGAGCCUUUCUAUAGCAUUCUAAGCUGAGAAGUAGAAUGCUGCCCAAUGACAAAAUAAAAUAGUUUGUUUUUCUCUAUUGUUUACAACAAUACUCAGCUUAAAUAUUUAUGCUGGUUGAAUAUGAUUUAAAUUGGACAUUUUCAUCAAUGCAAUUUAAUGUGUGAGAUAAAGAGCUACUUCAACCAUAAGUGGAUUGGCAGUAUAUUUUUUACAAUGAACUUUUCUUCACUUGUAUAUAAAAACUAUAUAAGUACUUAUUUAUGAGUAUCAGAAAGGAAUAGCAUAUUUUCUUUAACUGAGUAAACUUGACAAUUAUUGAUUUAUAUAACCUGAUUUGACAAAAUUAAUACAUAGCUUCAAUAUGAGAUCUUUUUCAAAACUAUUUUCUUAACCAAGCAUUUAUUUCAUGAGACUACAUUCAACCCUAUACCUGGUGUAAUUUUGAAAUUAAUUGAUUAUAACCUCACUUUACUAAUAAUGUUUAUUGUCUUUCCUAAUAAUGUAUUAACUAAUUAAUCAGGUCUUUAAAUUUCUAUAAAAUACUCUGAAAAAAGCUUAUGUUAAAAAUUUCAAUAUACUAUCUAUCACAAGUCUCAAAAAAAUACUCUUUUGUAUAUGAACAAAGCUGUUGUUUUUACCAUGCAGUGUUGCAUGAUUUUUAAGUUAUGUGGAAUUAACAUAACUGAUUUCAUUUUAAUUGUAAUUUGUUAACUCCUGUACAUAUCAUUAAAAUAAAUUUAAAGUUGA